CAAGUUUGGGAGCCUCUUCUAUCGAUCCCAAGACAACAUCAAUACUGUCGUAACAAUCCCAACAACAAUCCACACUACUACCGUAUCGCAAGAUGGAAGAUGUAAUGGGCUUUACUCCAUUGGGCUCGGGUCAAGAAGUGGGCCGUAGUUGUCAUGUCUUGGAAUUUCGCGGCAUGACGUUACUGUUGGAUUGCGGCAUUCAUCCUGGAUACGAUGGAAUGAACGGAUUGCCCUUUUUGGAUCGCGUGGAACCCGAGCAAAUCGAUGUCUGUCUCAUUACCCACUUUCACCUGGACCACGCCGCCAGUUUGCCCUAUCUCACGGAACGAACGCCCUUUCGAGGACGCAUCUUCAUGACACACCCCACCAAGGCGGUCUUGCGACUCCUCUUGGGGGAUUACCUGCGAUUGCUCAGUAUGCGCAAUGCCAAAGCCGAAGAUGUCCUCUACACCGAAGCCGAAUUAAUGUCUUGUCUUGAAAAGGUCGAACUCAUUGACUAUCAUACUACGGUCGAUCUGGGAGGACUCUCCUUUCACGCCCUCAAUGCCGGACACGUUCUCGGCGCUUGCAUGUACUUUUUGGAUUUCCUAGGAGGACGAUCCGUCCUCUACACGGGCGACUACUCAAUGGAAGAAGAUCGGCAUUUGAUGGCGGCCGAAGUGCCGGAAAAGAAACCCGACGUCCUAAUCACGGAAGCCACUUAUGGGGUGCAAGUCCAUGCGUCGAGACGGGAACGAGAAGCGCGUUUUUGUGGUACCGUCGAUCGCGUCGUCUCACGGAAUGGACGCUGUCUCAUACCCGUAUUUGCCCUCGGGCGAGCGCAAGAAUUGCUCCUCAUUUUAGAUGAAUACUGGCAAGGCAAUCCGCAGUUGCAAAACAUUCCCAUUUGGUACGCAUCCAAAUUGGCAUCGCGGGCGCUGAGGGUGUAUCAAACCUAUGCCAAUAUGAUGAAUGCCAGAAUACGAACGCAAAUGGAUGUCAGCAAUCCAUUUGCAUUCAAUUACAUUCAAAAUCUCAAAUCCAUUGAUGUCAAUUCCUUUGACGAUUCCGGACCUUCCGUCGUCUUUGCAUCGCCGGGAAUGUUACAAUCCGGUGUCUCGCGACAGCUGUUUGAUCGAUGGGCAUCCGAUCCCAAAAAUGGAGUCCUCAUUGCCGGAUAUGCCGUCGAACACACACUCGCCAAGGAAAUCAUGAAUCAACCAAAAGAAGUCGUCACUAUGGAAGGAAGACGACAACCCCUCAAUUGUCUCGUCGAUUAUGUCAGCUUUUCGGCCCAUGUCGAUUUUGUACAGAAUCGAUCCUUUAUUCAACAAGUCGAUCCCAAACAUAUUAUUCUCGUUCAUGGACAAAAAGAUGAAAUGGGACGAUUGAAAAGUGCACUCUUGUUGCAGUACAAGCAGUUGCCAGAGAACAAACGACCCACGGUGAUUAUGCCACCCAACUUGGCACGAGUCUCACUCCGAUUUGCUAGGAGACGAUCCGCCAAAGUCAUGGGGACAUUGGCCGAUCGAGAAACGGAACCCAAAGAGGGAGAACAAGUGCGAGGGGUUGUUGUCACGCACAACUUUCAAUCCAAAAUUGUAGCGCCAGAGGAUCUAGCCGCGUACACGCCACUACGGGUGGGAUCCAUCUUUAGCAAGUUGCACGUACCCUUUUUAGGGUCCGUGGCAACUUUGAAAUUGUUCUUGACGGAAAUGUUUACCGAUGUGACGACGACCGAAGGGGAAGACAACAACAACCAGACCUUUGAAUUGCAUCAGGGCAAGAUCAAACUCAAGUGUGGGGAAACCAAAGGGGCGGUGAUUGUGGAAUGGGAAGCUAGCCCUGCGGGCGACAUGAUUGCCGAUGCCGUGGUGGCGUUGAUCAUGCAUGCUCAGAGUAGCUCCGCGUCGAUCCGACUCACCAGUAGACCUUGUCGACAUUCGCGACCAAACGAUGAAGAGGAAGAACCGGCGCAGAAAAAAGCUAGAGCGGGGGAAAGCGUUGACACAAAGCUUCGAUUCCUGCACACGACACUGUUGAAACAGUUUGAUUCCGUCGAGGCGACAUUCGAAGCCAAGUCUGCCACAUUCGACAUCAAACUGGAUACGUCGCUCGAGUCGGGAGUCAUGGAUGAGGAUGGGAAGCUCACGGUGACGGCAAAGGUUGAUUUUGAUGACUCCGGGUUGAAUGCAACAAUCACUGUAGAAAGCAAGGACAAGAAGAUUGCUGCCAACGUGAAGGAUUGCCUGAAGAAUGUAUGUACUAGUCUUAAUCCAAUUAGUGCAUAA